UUAAUUAGUGUUCACAUUGGAGAUUUGAAUGGAUGGAGUAAUCAAAUUUAGUGGGGAUUACUUGAAAUGACGGUUACCACUAAUUUUUCGAUGAUGCGACCCUGUUUUACGGGAUACCCAUUCCAAGAUCUAGGAUCGAUACCAGGACAGGGCCGUGUCAAUCAAUUAGGUGGAGUUUUUAUCAAUGGUCGUCCAUUGCCAAAUCAUAUUCGAUUGAAAAUAGUGGAAUUAGCUGGUGCUGGAGUAAGACCAUGCGUUAUUUCAAGGCAACUUCGUGUAUCACAUGGUUGCGUAUCGAAGAUACUGAAUCGUUAUCAGGAAACAGGAAGUAUAAGGCCAGGUGUCAUCGGUGGUAGCAAACCUAGAGUAGCAACACCUGAGAUUGAGGCAAGAAUCGAGGAAUACAGGCGUGAAAAUCCGGGAAUAUUUUCAUGGGAGAUAAGGGAUCGUUUGAUCAAGGAUAAUGUUUGCGAUAGAACUGCUGCACCGAGUGUAUCGGCUAUUUCAAGAUUGCUACGUGGUCGUGAUAACGAUGAAGAAGCUAAACUUGGUGAUUUCAAAACAAGUUCGGGUUCGGAUUGCGAUAGCGAGCCAGGUAUCGCAUUGAAAAGGAAACAACGUAGAAGUCGUACAACUUUUACUGCCAAUCAAUUGGACGAAUUGGAACGUGCAUUUGAAAGAACUCAAUAUCCUGAUAUAUAUACCAGAGAAGAAUUAGCACAAAGAACUAAGUUGACCGAAGCUAGGAUUCAAGUUUGGUUUAGCAAUAGACGUGCAAGACUUAGAAAACAAUUAUCAUCAAAUGCAACUAGUGGAUAUGUUGGAACUGUAGCUUAUCCUGCACCACCUUAUGUACUUCAUCCACCAACUGCACCACAUCCUCAUGGUAGUGCUGCUGCAGUACCACCGAGUCAUUCGCAUCCCCAUCCUCAUGGUCAACCAAUUCCCGACACUGCAUUCACUUCCAGUCAGGUUCCAGAGAUUUAUUCGGCUCAUCACGGCAAUAGCAUGUCUCAUCAAUUGGCUGCAGAUCCAACGAGACUGUCAUCGUCAACUGCAGCGAGUUAUGGUUUACCAACACCGGUUACUUAUCCAAGUGCAUUGCUACCACCAACCACGUCAACAUCGACAUCUCAAAUGAGUCAUCAAGUUAAUUCAAUAACACCAGUGUCAACUGCAACCUAUCAACAACAACAACAACAGCAGCAGCAACAAUCAGCAGUACAACCACCACCACCACCACCACCAUUACCAUCAAAUCAUCAAUUAUCAACUACUGCAAAUUCAUUGGUAUCAAUGAUGGCUUCCAAUUCGAUUAAUUCGGUCAAUUCUGGUUCCGAAAUGUCAACUUCUGAAUUAUCAAUGACUGCUGGAUCAUCUCCUGUUCAUCAACAACAACAGCAGCAACAAGGUGGUCAAGAAAAUCCUUCCCCAUCUUCUUGGAAUUUACCACCCCUUCCAUCUACCUCGCGUGUUACUUUAUCUAGCCCACCUAGUAGUCUUCAACAAACCCAUGCUGCUGCUCAUGGUGCUCAUCAUCCUCAUCAAGCAUUUGCAAGUCAUUAUACUACUCAGAGUUUUCAACAACCACCUAGACCAACCCCUCAACCACCUUUUUACACUUGGUAUUAAAAAGAAGAAGCAAAUGAUUAGAUGAUAACCCCCGUCAACUCUAGGAUGUUCAAGACUGUUUAGACAAUUGUUUUUCUAUCUUCUUUAUCUUCAUCUUUGUCAGAUGUUGGUUUUUUUCUUCUUUUUCUGGAACUGUGCUUACUUUUAUGGAUAUUGUUCCAUAAUCAUUUUAGCAAUGGUUAUUAAUUACUUUAACCUUGAAAUUUAUGAGAGAAAAUUGAAUUGCCUUUUUUUUCUCACCGUUUUUUUUUUAACAUGUUGAGUGACACGUCAGUCAUAAAUGACUGACACAUUGAACUUUAAAUUUAGGCCAUGUCAGGCAUCGGUGCCUGACGUUCAGCUUUCGUUUUAUUGUGCGUGGCUUGACGAUGAUUUACAUGAAAAAAAUUCGCGUUGCGUUAAUUUCAACCAGCAGUGUUGUUCAAUUGUAACAUAACGAAACCGCAAUCAUGUGAUUUGUUAGAAUAAUUUUUAAUUUUAAUAAUCAUUAAAUAAGUUUCAUAAAUUCGA